GGGGUGGAGAGGGGGCAGGGUGAGUGAUGUGUACGAAGUGAGGAAGAUUAAGGGGUGUUCCAUGCUUCCCGUGGUGGCACCCGUUCUGACCACCACCACUCUACCAGUCCACCUGUAUGUGUCGUUCUGUGCCCUUGCUGUUGCCACCCUGUGGAGCUGCCACGCUGGGAGUGGGCUUCUGCCACCUGCUGCCCGCCCCCCGACCCCACCCUGACCCCUGGGUGGAGAGCCAGUAGAGCUGGGGAACAGGCGGAAGGAGGGACAAAGGCCUUCUCACAGGUAACAAAGCUUGUUAUUUUCUUUUCAGGUAGGAUAGGUAGACUUAUAUCAUUUUUUUUCUUUAGACAAGUGAGAGGCACACAAGUCUUAUGGAUGCACAAUCUUCUCCCAUUGUCCUAUUCAAUCUUAGGACGGAUACAGGUCACACCCUCCAAGUGGCCCAAUGACUUAACCCUCCCUAACACACCUUCCCAUUCCUUCCCACCCCACCCCCACUACUCCCACCUGCAGGGGAAUCCAUUGGGCAGGGACACAGGGGAUGUCACGGACCAGGGCACUGCUGCAUAUGGUGAGUGAAAUGGUACCUUGGAAGCAGUGGAGUCUGCUGAGGGGAGACGGCGCAUAAUAAUGGGUGAAACAGAGCAAAUGGAAUGACAUCAAACGCAUAGAAACCAUGUGUUUGAUGUAUUUGCUAUCAUUCCACCAAUUCCGCUCCAGCUAUUACCACGAGCCCGUCCUCCCCAAUUAAAGUGCCACCAACCGCCUGUGCUUGGCAGUUAGUCUAGGGUAGACACAUUCUGCGAGCUCCAGGUUUAAACUGGGAGACAUGCCAGGCAGUUGUUGUUGUUGUUACUCUGUUUCUUCACAGUGUUGGGUUUCUGGUUCCUCUGAAUACUGACAGGCCUCAUGGGUAAGUGAUACUGGCAGGCUUACUUCCCUACAUGCCCUAGGGCUUUAAAGGCUACCAACUGUUUUGUGUCUGUUUUAACUGUCUCUUUUCUCUCUGUGUACCCAUGGAUGCAGGCUCACCACUGGAGGGUGCUAUAGACCUACAAGAGGAAGAGAUGGAACAGUCUGUCUCAGGUCAGUGAGUCCAAUACAAGACUCUGUAUUGAUAUACUGUGUAGAACAGUCGAGGCUGCUGAAGGGAGGAUGGCUCAUAAUAAUGGAUGGAAUGGAGUAUUAUGGAAAUCAGGUUUCACCUUCUCUUUUGUCUUCAUCUCUCCUUUCCCAGGUCUGACGUUCACCCUGGACCCCUCUGCUGCUGCUCUAUCCCUCCAUCUCUCUCCCUGUGACCUUCCACGGACCAAGCCCUCCGCCACUACCCUCUUGUCACCGUAGCAACAGGGUCAGGGGGUCAGUAUCCCAGGAGUCUGCCCCCAAGUCCCUCCCUCAGGUGUGUAGUCCUGUGUAGCUCAAUUGGUAGAGCAUGGCGUUUGCAACACCAGGGUUGUGGGUUCAAUUCCCACGGGGGGCCAGUAUGAAAAUGUAUGCACUCACUGUAAGUCGCUCUGGAUAAGAGCGUCUGCUAAAAUGACUACAUUAUUUUAUUUUAUUUUUUUAUGUGUGUGGGGACGUGGUCAUCGUCAGUGGUCAGUUCUACUGGGAGGUGGAUGUCUGCAACAGCACCCUCUACCGGAUAGGUGAGGAUAUGCACCCUACUCCACCUGGCCAUGAGUUACUACCAAGUACAAAUCACAGCUUUGAUAAUAAUACUCUUAGCCUCUGGCAUGCUGAUAUAUUCCUACUGACAGACAUAAAUAUGAAUUUCCAUGGGCUACAUGUCUUACACAUAAUCAUGUGGCGGUUGUAGCCUACAAAUACAUACAGGCAGUCUUGUGCAAAUGCUCCCGCACACACUUAAUAUUGUCCCUAGUGCAUACAGGACACAGGCUGUCUGUCCUACAUAAAGUUCAUUCACAUCCUUUAACUCGGCUCUGUGGUGCCACCCAGUGGUGAACACGAUGUCAGCAGGGAUUUCCCAGCGCUGAACCACUAAAAAUUUAAUUGUUUCUUUAACAAUUUCAUUUUGGCUUUCAAGGCAUAUUGACAUCUGCUCUCUGUAAACAACAGAAAGCUCUAAUAAUUUGGCCCAGCAACAAACCAUAAACAAUCUGUUGAUUUGCAUCAAAUAUGACAGAAAUGUGCAGCUUCAUCAUUAACUGUAGAGAGUCAGCCAAAUACGUAUUAGUGGUUGUUGACCAUGAUGACUGGCACUGUCGACCGAGCUGUACUUAGGGAAUAGGGAUACUUAGCAAAGCAAUAUGGGAUGGGAACAGCAUUGAUAUUUCACAUAUUAUUGCUCACUCGUGCCAAUCCCACAUGAAAAAAUAUUACAGUUUACUAUAGAAUACUACAGUACUUACUAUAGAAUUCUGUAGUAUACCUUGAUCAUGUGUAGUACUUACUAUAGAAUGGUGUAGUAUAGUGUAGAAUACUAUAAUAAAUACUACAGUAUACUACAGACCACAAACAUUACAGUAAAUACUACAGUAAUCUUUGCAAAAACACUGCAGUCUGCAAAAACACUACAGUAAAUACUAAAGUAAUGUCUGCAAAAACAUUACAGUCUGCAAAAACACCACAGUAAUUACUAUAGUAUAUACUACAGUAUUUAAUUUGCAUAUACCCUGCCCAUUCCCCUCCCCCAUAUCCCAAUUUGUGCCAUCCAUAAGUGAGAAACAAGUAUAGCCCAUAUAUUGUGUCCCCUACAUAGAAAAGAGCAGAAGGGGUCUUCCUGGGGCUUACAUAUAACUACUUUUUUGUUUUUUAAGUACAGUGGCGGCCAUGCACUGCCACUGCUAAAUGCAUAUAGGGGAAACACUGUGGGUGCCAGUCUUCCUGCUCCAAUCAACAUGUUUUAGUCAGGCCAAACGAGGCAACAACUAUGUAGUUUUGUUGAGUGCAGAAAAAGUCAGGCAUAAAGACUACCCUGUUUCAUGAUGACAUUGCAACGUUUAUUGGCACGAUAUUUGAAGACAUAAUUUCCCAUGAUGUCUGAAUUGUGACACAGAAAGCAACCACCUUUCCUAUUUUCCAUACAGGAGUGAGCUCAUUGGACGAUGCUCGCGGCUGAAGGCUGGAAAGGUGGGCUUGUCCUUCUCCACUGUGUACGAUAGCCGUCGGGAGCCCUUACGUGCCGUGCCCCCCCAGAUCAAGACCCUAGGGCUGUUCCUCAACAUGGGUGGAGGGGCGCUGAGCUUCCACAACCCUCUGACCAAGGAGCACCUGGCCACCCUGCCCACUCGCUUCAGCAAUGCUGGGGUGCGUCCUGCUCUGGGGCUGGGCCAGGGCAGGCUGAGGCUCCGCUGUGGCCUACCCCCUCUGCCCCACGUCUUCCUCAGCCAAGCGUCCGCCUAUAGAGGGCCUUCUGGAGCUGGUUGGGGUCGCUGGCAUAGAUACGUGCCCUUCCAGUCUGUCGGUCAUCCAGAAAUUUGAGGAGCUGGCGGUGCCAGGUUCUGACUCAGGGCUGGUGUCCAGUUUUGGGUCAUCCUGAUCCACUCUGGCCUCUCUCACCGAACCAGGCCCAGGCUUCAGAUUCAGCCUCAGCCCAGGAGCAGCUUGCCAUCCUGGGCAAGAGGGGAAGGAGGCUGGGGCAGAGUGACAUGUGGAAGACAGAGUAUAGUACCUUGUACAAUGAUGGGCCUCUACCCUGCUGGUGAUAGGAGCAAACUACUACCACGUCACGCUGUCACAUAGUCACAUUGCAAAUAGGUUGUUAUAAGGUUGGUCAUGAGACUGUGUGACAAAUUUGUGAUAAACUUGUGAGAUGGAAGGGCCAUUCUUCUGCUAUAUGAUGGGAGAAAACUGAAUAACGCACACACAAACCCUUUGGGAUGAGUUUGAUGUUUGGAUGACCAUUUCCAUGGCUAAUUUCCCAUCUCUGAGGAACUCUCUGUGACUUUCUCAUCAGUGUGACUGUGACCCAGUAAUUGACUUUCUCCCCAGGACACUGGGCUUCCUCUCAGCUACAGAACCCCUGGAGGUUUGGGGCUGGGCCAGCGCUGUCUGUGGGGGGGUUAUGAGGAGGAGGAUGUCUCACUGGGAGUCCCACACUCUGGUGUGGGGGUUG